AUGAGCGACGCGGCGCCUACACGACCCACACGACUCACAAUCACCUUACUGCUGCUGGCUCUGCUAGGCUCUAUUGCGAGCGAGAAGCCGUCAUCGGUCGAGGACACAGCGUGGAUGGCGCCAUUGCAGCAGCAAUAUGGCUGGGAUGCCAGCGAACUGAAGAACAAGGUGCAGCAGGGCGACGUGACCACCUACGAGCUGGGCACACCCAACUACCAGAUCUUGAAUCCAGAGGAUGAGCCAGAGUACAUAACGGCCGAUCAGCCGCACUACCAGGAGAUGCUGCAGCGCUUAACCAACUCCAGCAAUGGCAGCCAUACGAUAGACAUGACCAUGCCCAGUACCAUCUCCAGUGCCAGUGCCAGUGCCAGUGGCUCAGCCACAGCCUCAGAUGAGCCAAAAGAGGUUAAGUGGGAGAAGCUGCAGAAGCGCAGCUUUGAGCAACCAUCAAUCGGCAGCGCCAGCCAGAAUCAUGUGGAGGCCAUGCACCUCAAUGAAAGAAGCCAUCAUCCAAGGAUACAAGUCUAUGCCGGGGCCAAGCCAUUCCAGACACUGAUUGCCAAUUUGAGUUAGAUUCUGAUUUGAUUGUUAGUUUUAUCAAUUACAAGUCGUCAAUCAAUCAAUCAAUUAAUUAUUU